AUGAACGGUAGCACCGUCAAGCAGUCACAAGCGGGAGAGGAGACUUCCAGACCGAGCGCGCGCCAAGACACCAACGAUAUGGACACCUCUCUACUCGAGGGAAUGGAUGCCGAGACGAUGGCCCAAGUCAUCAUGCGUCAGGCUUUCGAGCAAGCCGAGCUCUAUAACUUGUCCGCAGGACUGGCAUCAACAUCCGCCGUCGCGCCUUCCAACGGCGCAUCCGCCAAGCCCGCUGUUGGCCCCACAAGCGCAGCAGCAUCAAUAUCAAACUCGACUGCAAAAAAUGUAAGCCCUGUAUCCACGCCAGCAAGGCCAAGCCAGCCCGCAGCUCCGCCGCAAAGCUCUACAUCCAGCAGCGCCGUCAAAGCUGGAGUGAAAAGACCGCGUCCGGUCGAGUCUGCCUCUACCACUACUGCCGUCAGCACAACUUCUCGUCCACCUCCACGGAAGCCCGCUCCCUUACAAAAAUCCAGCGCCACUCCUUCUCAAAGCAGUCCGCCCAGGACAGCGCCAGGCCAUCCUCCUCCACCCGCAUCAAAGCCAUCCGCAGCCCCACCGAUCGAGCCCUCAGCGACUCCAGUGACGGAGUCAGGAGGCGAUCAAACACUUCAGGCCUACGCGGCCUUGAACGGCCAAGACCUCAAUGCAGUCGCGCGGGCCGCCAUGGGCUUGGAUGAGCACGGGGAGCCUCUUCCUGGGAACGAAGAGACACACCGAGAGUUGGCAGACGCUCUGCAUCGACUCUCUGCAAGCCAAAAGCAGGCACACAUGGCCGGCAAGGGUGAUGUCUCUAGCACUACGAAUCCAAUCUCUGACCCAACUCCUGCUCCAUCGAAGAUGGUCACGCCUCAGCGGAGCGCGCAAUUCGCCAACAUCCAAUCGCUUUACGCUGAGAAUAAGGAAACUCCUGCAACUCCAACUUCUCCCUCAGAUGGUGGCGGUGAGGCCCCAAAGCGCUUUCAAUGUCCUCACUGUGCGCGCGCUUUUGCUCGGGCAUUCAACUUGAACACGCACAUUGCAACGCACGAUCCCGACCCAAAGAGGUCGAAGCCUUAUACGUGUCCCUAUCCUGCGUGCAUCGCGCUGGGGGGCAGAAGCUUCAGCAGGAAACACGACUUGCAGAGACAUGUGGCUGGCACGCACGAAUCGGAUCCUGAGCCCGAGAUCAACAAGGACGGAAGAUCUGGCGGCCUGGCUAGCAUCGGACUUGCUGCGCCCGGACGAAAAUUCAGGUGCAAUGAUUGCGGACGUGGUUUCGUCCGGCGCGAUGUGCUCAGACGACACUUGUGCGACGCUGCGCCGGGUCGCGAAGGCGAAGCCAAUAGCUCGAGAGAUCAGGAGGCAAGAAAGGACGAUGAAGCAGCCUCUCCAAACGCCAAUACCAAGGGGAAUAAAAUGGAUGAGGAUGACGAGGAAGAGGAAGAGGAAGAGGAAGAGGCAAGCCACAGACGCAGCGUGCACUCUUCAGAAGUGGAGGAAGAGCCGGACAUGGAUGCGGCAGCGGCGGCAGCCACGGCCGCGGCAAUUGCUCAGGUGCGAAACCUGUUCCUGGGACUGCCUAGCACGGGCGGAAGCACUCCAGAGUCGUUGUUCACGAGCAUCCCAUCUCCAGCAAGCUGCGCUCCUCCCACCUCCGCAGCCUCGCAACCACCCUUCAUGCCAGCUCGUCCGCCUCGUCCCCCUUUGUCGAGACCUGCUCCUAGGCCCAAUGCAGGCCCUUCCGCCCUCCCACCUCCCUUUAGACCCUCUGGCAACUUUCCUUCGGGCGUGCGUCCCCCUUCUCGUCCACCAGCGUCACCGUCGUCAGGCGCCAGACCUCAAAGUAGCGCUUAUAGCUCCGCAGGCAACCUCUCUGUGCCCACUGCAUCCGUCGCUCCCGUCAGUCCUCCCUUUUACCCAAGACCUCCGGGUGCACCUGGACGACCGACAACAACGACGAAUCAGAGCAAGAUUGUCAGACCGCCAAUAGCUUCACGUCCUCCAGCACCUACGAGCGGCAACGUUGCUGCCCGAUCACCAGCACAAGCAGCGGCGGGCACGACAGGCGUAGCACGCCCACCAGCCAGUGCGAACGCGUCUACACCGCAAGGUCCAUCUCGUCCUCACGGUCAAGGCGAAGGAUCGGUCGCUAGAUCUGCGCAGGCAACAAAGACCGAUACUCCCGCUCCAAGCGCUGAUCCAUCAUCCUCCACAUCCACCACCUCGUAG